CGACGUUCUUUUUUCUCCCAAUAUUUAUUUUAUAGUUCUUUGUUCCUUUGUUUUCUUUAUCACCCACAAUGCCUCCUUCAUAUUCGCGGUCAUCACAAAGUUCGACACACUCCCAAGAGUCUGAGACGAAAUCCAGGAAUGGUUCACCACUCUCAAUUGGGUCUGGCGCAAAUCUCCCACCAAAGGUUAACAAGAAAUGGUUGCCCAAAAAAAAAUUAGGAAAGCCAGAGAAAUCGACCAAAGCGGCUAAAAGCCCGAAAAGUGUAAAAAAAGCACCUCAGAAAGUGAAGAAUACUUCGCCAACGAUCCUGAAACGGGAGAAAUCCGAAACGGCCAUUAGAGAAACAUCAUGGAGAUCAAGUUUGGUUCGUGGUCGUUUCUCUAGAGGUUUGAUUUUUGAAUCUUCCCCGGGUCAGGGAAGUAUUAUCACUGUGUCGUCGGACACAUCUUUGGCCAAACCGAAAAUCAAACCUAUUAAAGUCCCCUCUACGAUGUUGACGACUGGAUUUUUGGGUCCCCAUCGAAUAUAUCUUAUAAAAACUAAGAGCCAAGCGCAUUUUGAAAUAGGAACUAACAUAGAAACCAUAGAGAGUUUCGAAUCAAUCAAUUCAGACUCAAUAGAUCAGCAAUCCAUUUCUAACUCAGAUUCAAGAAAAGUAUUAACAAGCCUCCAUUCAGAUUCUGAAACAGAAACAGAUCACUCUGCAUCUGAAUUGGAUUUUAGAUUAGAGAAGCUCGAUGAGCAGAAUGAACAAGAUGUCAGGCAACAUUUUCUGAGGACAUUUGAGCGUCUUCCUGAUUUGAGCCUUCUGUCAACCAGCAGCAGUGGGGAAGUAAAUGAAAUACCCAAGAAGAUCGAUGAAAAAUUUGUGGAACCCGAGGAUGAAGGUAGCUUAAAAUUGGGUGAAUCGGAAAUUUCUGCGGAGCUUGUAUUGGAAAGCGAAGAGCAAGAAAAUGUAGAGCUGAAUACAUUCAGUUCUGAAACCCUUAUCGAAGAGUUAACAGAAAGCAAUGAGACCAGCGAAUCGGAAUUGAGCUCGACUAGGAAACCAGACAUCGAUGUCAGUGAUUUCAUGUUGAGCAUUAGGCCCAGGGCGACAAUUUACGAAGAAGACUCAUCGGAUUUGUCUAAUGAAUAUCAUAUGAUGAACAAAGAAGUUGUUAACCAAUUUCUUAAUGGAUUGUUAAAUGAAGUGGUGGACACUGCUGAUAAAAAUUCAAGUCGUUUGUCUGAACUUUUGGACAAGGAAAAAAUGCUUAAAAAGCUAAAUGAAUUGAUCAUUGAUCUUCAAAUUGAGGAGCAGCGUAAUCAGGCCCUUGAAAAGAUCACUACUGAGCAUUUUGUGCGCCGUAAGGAGUUCGCAUUUGUAAUAUCACCCAAGCAAGUAAAACCGAUCCAACGCCAAAGGUAUCAAUGUGCGUUGGCUGAACUGGAUGGCCUUUUGGAGCAACAGCACCAAACUGAGAAACUAUACCAUCAACAACUUCAAGAUUUAACGGAUGAGGAAGAAAAGACCCGCACAUUGGAUGCCGAGAAAAUAACUCAUUUUGAGGACAAAGUCAAAGAAAUAGUUUGCAAGGAAGGCUUCGAUCGUGUAAAAGUCGUCGUAAACGAUCUUUUUCAAAAAAUGAAUGAUAUCCGUUCCGAAAUCUCCAAUCUUAGAGAGGAAUUGAUCUUCGUUAACCAUCGACUGCAGGCCAUAAAAAAUAAAUCAAAGCAAAUGGAAAAACUGGGCAACGACUUGAGUGUUAAUGAAUAUAUUUUCAAUCAAGGCCAAAAUCAAACGCUGUUGUCUAAGCUUGAAGAGAGAGACAUGGAGCUGAAACAAUUUCGCGAACGCACCAUUUACGGAAUCCAUGCACUGGCCCAUUGGAGGAACAACAGAAAAAACCAUGCAGCUUUACUGGGAAACAUGAAGUCGAAGUUAAGAAAUCUGGAGCGGAAAAAAAAGCUCAGGAAUCAAUUCUGUGUGGCAAUGGAACAAGCCAAGCGAAUUAAGAAAGAGGCCGAAAGGCUGAGAAAGGCCGGCUGUUUGAUGCAAUACCCGGAUAUGUUGCGCGAUUACGAUGCCACCGUGAUGCACCUGCGGAGCAAGCGAGUGGUGGUCAGGAAACUCCGUUCCGAACAUCAGCGCCUGGAGCAGAAGAGCGUGUAUUUGGACACCAUUAUUAACAACCUCAAUUCGGUGCACAGGACAAAAAUGAGCUUUAGCAGUACUUUGGGAGUAACCGCGAGAAGGCAUAGCCGCCCGCAACGAAGUUUUCCUUUUAGUAUUAGGAAAGUUUCUUGAAAACGUUUUUGUACUCUAACAAACCAUAUAUCUAACAUAUCAGAUAAAUUUUUACAAAUAUAAUAAUGUAUAUAUACUAUAAAUAUAUAUACUAUGUUAUGUAUACUA